UAGUUAGUUCCGUUUAACAUAAGAAACUAGGAACAAAAUCUGCAAGACAAACCAAUCACUUGGGAUAAGAAAACGAAAACACAAAUAACAGAUAAAACAAAUAAAUAAAAAAACGUGUUUCUGUUCACAGAACAUUAAAAGAGAAAAAUGCUUCUUAAUCACAUUGCCGCCGGAUUCUGUUGGAUCGACCCGCAACAACCCGACCGGAACCACGAAACCCGACUCACUUCCUAUCGUUUCCAUCGCCGGCGGGUGACGUCGCCGAGUGCGGCGUUCCAUGGCGUGCGAAUGGAGAAGAAUGGCCACCAACGGCGAUCGAUAUGCACCGCCGACGAGCUUCACCGGGUCGUGGUUUCGAACUCCGAUUGGAAGCUCGCUCUGUGGCGCUACCUUCCUUCUCCAGAGGUUCCCCUCUUCUCAAGUGCUCAAAUUUUUGCUUUCUGUGAAUAUCCUUUUGGCAAUGCACUGAUGUAUAGCUUCCGGGCACCGUUGAGGAAUCACCCGCUUUUGUUGUUGUCAGGGGUUGCUACCAAUGCAAUUGGCUAUGAUCUCUCUCCUGAGUCUUCAUUUGCUCGGUACAUGUCGGCACAAGGUUUUGAUACGUGGAUUCUUGAGGUUCGGGGUGUUGGGUUGAGCACUAUUGGAGAUAGCUUGGAGGAAAACGAGGAAUGCCUAAAGAAUUUGUCUGAGAUUGAUUCUGCUAUUAGUGAUGAAAUUGGUAAAAACAGUGCUUCUCCAGCAAGAUUAAUGGGACUUGAGAACCUUGGCUCUCCCGAAAUUACAACUAAAUUUGAGGAAAUGAGGUUAACAAGGAGUUUCAUGGACAUUUUUACAAGGAUAUCUGAAAAGCUUGCAGGCUUUCUGAAUCCGGAUUCGUUGGAGGGAGGAAAGAACUCUGCACUUGUUGGUCAAAUCAAGGAUUUCAAUCGGAGACUUCGAGCUAUUAUUGAAGGUCAACAGUUGGUCCCAGCACAGAUUUUAGAACUGCAAGACCGAUUUUCUGCCACACUAGAAGAGUUUCAGAAACAGAUUCAGUUGAUUAUUAAGUAUGAUUGGGACUUUGACCAUUAUCUGGAAGAGGAUGUACCUGCAGCGAUGGAGUACAUAAGAGCUCAAUGCCAGCCAAGGGAUGGAAAAUUGCUUGCAAUUGGUCACUCAAUGGGGGGUAUAUUGUUGUAUGCAAGGCUUUCACGUUGCUGUUUUGAAGGAAAGGAUUCUGGCUUGGCAUCUGUUGUUACUUUGGCAUCAUCACUUGACUAUACUCCUUCAAAAUCAUCUCUCAAGUUGCUUUUACCCCUGGCAAAACCUGCUCAGGCUUUGAACAUUCCUGCUAUUCCAGUUGGGCCAUUGAUGGCCACUGUUUAUCCCCUUGCAAGCUACCCUCCGUAUGUUUUAUCUUGGCUGAAUUAUCAGAUUUCAGCUCAAGAUAUGAUGGAUCAGAAACUGUUCGAGAAGCUUGUUUUGAACAACUUCUGUACCAUACCUUCCAAGAUUCUGUUGCAGUUAUCAUCAGUUUUCCAAGAAGGUGGUCUACGUGACAGGAGUGGAACAUUCUUCUACAAGGACCAUCUCUGCAAAAUUGAUGUUCCUAUCUUAGCCGUCGCUGGUGACCAAGACUUGAUCUGUCCUCCCGAAGCUGUAUAUGAAACGGUGAAGCUUAUUCCUGAAGAUUUGAUUACAUACAAAGUCUUUGGGGAGCUUGAUGGUCCACACUAUGCCCACUAUGACUUAGUGGGUGGUCGUCUGGCUGCAGAUGAACUGUAUCCAUGUAUAACUGAAUUUCUCAGUCAACAUGACAUCGUUUAGACCAUUGGCUCUCUUGGCUCAUUCUUUUAUACAUGAAGAACACUAGAUGGAAAUUCUCAUAUACACCCUACAAGAUCAUGCCCUAUAUAUAUAUAUAUAUAUAUAUAUAUAUAUGCACGAUCUGUGGUAAUACUUCCUGUGUAUAGUUAAAGACAAUGCAUAUAGUCAAAGACACUGUACAUAUGUAGUUCUAAAUAAAGCACAUAAGGUGAAAGUACAUGUUUGAAAUCAGAGUGCUAAGAAAGUAGGUAAUAGGAAUCAAGUGCUUAGUUUAAUCAAAUUACAAAGUUAUAAACUAUUCUAGCGAUUAUUUUUUAAAGCUUUUAAUAAAAGAAGUCAUUUUG